UUCAUUCUCUUCAAUUCGUGAGAGGGAAAUCACGGAUUGGACAUAUCCAAAAACAAUUCGGCCAGAAAGACGCGCUAUUAUUUCGAGUCUACAAUUGCAUUGAAACAACAAAGAUAAACUGGGCCGAUACUGAAAACUUAGAAUUGUUUAAGCUGAAAUAUUAGUCCUUAAGGCUAACAGUUCCGUAUACUUAAAGGAAUUUUUUUUUAAGAACACAAUGCAGUCCGCCCAUAGUAAAAAAAGAGUUUGCUAUUAUUAUGACAGUGAUAUUGGCAAUUAUUACUAUGGACAAGGACAUCCAAUGAAACCCCAUCGUAUACGUAUGACCCAUAAUCUGUUGCUCAAUUAUGGGCUAUAUAGAAAAAUGGAAAUUUAUCGUCCCCACAAAGCUACUGCCGAUGAAAUGACAAAAUUCCAUUCAGAUGAAUAUGUUCGCUUUUUGCGUUCCAUACGACCCGACAACAUGACUGAAUACAACAAACAAAUGCAAAGGUUUAAUGUUGGCGAAGAUUGUCCCGUCUUUGAUGGUCUCUAUGAGUUCUGUCAACUUUCUGCAGGCGGUUCGGUUGCUGCUGCCGUUAAACUAAAUAAACAAGCAUCUGAGAUUUGCAUUAACUGGGGUGGUGGACUGCAUCAUGCCAAAAAAUCAGAAGCUUCUGGCUUCUGCUAUGUCAACGAUAUUGUCUUGGGCAUCUUGGAAUUGCUGAAAUAUCACCAGCGUGUUCUAUACAUCGAUAUUGAUGUGCAUCAUGGCGAUGGCGUAGAGGAGGCCUUUUACACAACGGAUCGUGUCAUGACUGUUAGUUUUCAUAAAUACGGCGAAUAUUUCCCUGGCACUGGUGACUUACGCGAUAUUGGUGCCGGUAAAGGAAAAUACUAUGCAGUCAAUAUUCCUUUACGCGAUGGCAUGGAUGAUGAGGCCUAUGAGUCCAUAUUUGAACCUAUCAUAUCAAAGGUCAUGGAAACCUUUCAGCCAGCUGCAGUGGUUUUACAAUGUGGUGCUGAUUCUCUGACAGGUGAUCGUUUGGGUUGCUUCAACCUGACGGUCAAGGGUCAUGGGCGUUGCGUGGAAUUUGUGAAGAAAUACAAUCUGCCGUUCCUGAUGGUCGGCGGUGGUGGUUAUACAAUUCGUAAUGUAUCACGUUGUUGGACAUAUGAAACAUCAGUGGCAUUGGGUGUGGAAAUUGCGAACGAGCUGCCGUAUAAUGAUUAUUUUGAGUACUUUGGUCCAGAUUUUAAACUUCACAUAAGCCCCAGUAACAUGACGAAUCAAAAUACAACAGAGUAUUUGGAAAAAAUCCGAAAUCGUCUUUUUGAAAACCUGCGUAUGCUUCCACAUGCUCCUGGCGUGCAAAUUCAAACGAUACCCGAAGAUGCAAUCAAUGAUGAAUCCGAUGAUGAAGACAAAGCUGACAAAGAUGAAAGAUUAACGCAGGCCGACAAGGACAAGCGGAUUGUGCCCGACAACGAAUUCUCCGAUUCAGAGGAUGAAGGGGAGGGUGGCCGACGAGAUAAUCGUUCAUAUAAGGGUCAAAGGAAAAGGCCACGCCUAGAUAAGGAUGGUGGAAAAGCGGCCGAAAACUCAGAAUCCAAAGAUGAUAAAGAUAAAAUGGACACCACAGAAAGCGAAGAACCUGUUAAAAGUGAGGAUGGCAAGAAGGAAAACAACAUAUGACGUGGUGGUCGUAAUAAUUGGUUAUAGAAGCCAAUAAAACGUUCAUCGAAGUUUAAGCCUAACUUAACGUAGCGUUUAUUUAAUUUCUAAUUUUACACUUUUUUUUGUAACGUUGAACUCUAGUUUAAUUUUUCUUCAAUCAUAAGGACGUCAAGACGUCUGUAUUUCUUUCUUUUCGAAAAUUUGUACAUUUUUUAUUUCUCGAGUUAUAUACAAAGAUUAUAUUAGAGUCUUUGCUAAGACUAA